CCAAUCCCAGAAAUCCAUGUGGUGACGAAUCAUGGCGUUUGUUUUUGUCAGUCUUGCAAGCAGUAAUUACAUACAUUUCAACUAGUUUUGAAAUGAUAAUAUGUAUGUUUGUAGCAUAUCAAUACAUUCGCCAUCGACGUUAAAAUGUCAGAAUUAUUUAAAAAAUAGAAAAGAAGUUACACGUAACUGUAACAGAUGCAGUUUCAAAUAUACAGAGGACGGACUUUUUUUCCAAGUGUAUGGUUUACAUCUUUUCCUUCUGGUGCCACAUGCUCUAAUUCCAGACGAAAUACUGAACUGGUACGGUACGGAAAUGCUACCUUAAGGAAGUGAUUGAAUUUGUCUGAAAACAUUUUGAUAGAUUCUCACACUAACCCACGAAAUAUGGUGAUGUGGAAACAGUGUUUUGUGCACAUACUUCUUCUACCUAUCCUAUCAGCGAUCUCCAAAGGGACUUCACCCAGUGCUGCAAAAACUUCGGUAUGGGGUCCCGGAUUGGAGCCAGACGUUGUACUCCCAGCUCGAUUCUUCUAUAUUCAAACUGCAGAUAGUACCGGGACAAAUUUUACCUCUUCACCUGGUGAGAGCACAUUCCAAGUUAAAAUAACAGCACCAGGAGAAAUGUUUUCAAGGAUCUGGGUACAGGUUUUGGAUCGGAAAGAUGGCUCCUUUUUGGUUAGGUACAGGAUGUAUGCAAGCUACUCUGCACUCCAGAUUGAAGUUCUCCACAAUGGUAGCCAUGUGGCAAAUUCUCCAUACAUUCUGAGAGGGCCAGUGUAUCAUGAGAACUGUCACUGUCCUGAAGUCAGUGCAGCCAAAUGGAUGGAGAACAUGCAUUGCCCAAAGGCAAUAUUACAGAUUCUGCGGGAUCUUGCAUAUUUUCCAACCGUCGAUCCUGACAAAAAUGCCGAAGAAAUUCCGAAGCGGUUUGGGCAGAGGCAAAGCCUGUGUCAUUACACCAUCAAAAACAACAAGGUUUACGUAAAAACUCAUGGACAACAUGUGGGCUUUCGAAUCUUCAUGGAUGCCAUUCUGCUUUCCCUCGCCAGAAAAGUCAAAUUACCGGAUGUGGAGUUCUUUGUCAAUCUUGGGGACUGGCCUUUAGAGAAGAGGAAACCAACAGAGAAGAUUCAUCCGAUCUUCUCGUGGUGUGGUUCCAAUGAUACUAGAGAUAUUGUCAUGCCAACAUAUGACUUAACAGAGUCUGCCUUGGAGACUAUGGGCCGGGUGAGUCUGGAUAUUAUGUCGGUCCAAGCCAACACAGGCCCUGCUUGGGAAGACAAGAACAAAACAGCCUUCUGGAGGGGGAGAGACAGUCGAAAAGAGAGGCUGGAGCUUGUCAAACUGGGACGCAAACAUCCAACUCUCAUUGAUGCUGCUUUUACAAACUUUUUCUUCUUCACCCACAACGAGAGUCUCUAUGGCCCCCUGGUGAAACACGUUUCCUUUUUUGACUUCUUUAAGUACAAAUAUCAAAUAAACAUUGAUGGCACAGUUGCAGCAUACCGACUGCCUUAUCUGCUUGCGGGAAACAGUGUUGUGCUGAAACAAGACUCUAUCUACUAUGAACACUUCUACAAUGAUCUGAAACCAUGGAAGCACUACAUUCCUUUUAAGAGUGACCUUAGUGACCUUCUAAAAAAAAUUAAGUGGGCAAAAGAUCAUGAUGAAGAGGCAAAGAAAAUUGCAAAAACUGGCCAGGACUUUGCCCGGACAAAUCUGAUGGGGGAUAAUAUAUUUUGUUAUUAUUUCAAACUCUUCAUGGAAUAUGCCAGCCUGCAAAUAAACGAACCAAAAGUUAGAGAUGGAAUGGAACUAGUGGGCCAACCAAAGGAUGACCUCUUUCCAUGUACCUGUCAUAGGAAAAAGGUAAAAUGAGAACUUGUAAAAUUCUGCAGAACUAUAUCCAGAUAUUUCUUCUUGACAUAUUAAUUACAACAUUAAUAUGUUAGUCAACAAUACAAGCUGCUGCUGUAAAACAUGUUUUAUUUUUCAUCACAUAGAUCCUGUUCCUUUUCUAAAACAAAUUAUGAUUAAUCAAGUUGUCUUUCUGGGCUGCUGCUGAUAUAUUGAACAGAAGCUGUCACAUGGUCAAUUUCUCAAAUUGUACUGUUACAGUUUCAUGGCUUCUCAGAUGUAAAGCCAUGUAACUGUAAUGAUUUUAGAUGUAGAACCUUACAAUCCUUAGUUUUUUAAUAGGAUUGCACCUCCACAUGUCCUCCAAAAUUUAAAUUGGCCAACUCCUAGAUAGGAUAUUCUGCAUUUCUGAGCCACUGGGGAAUUUAAACUGUACAAUGGGGAACUAAGGGAGUUUUCAAACGUCAUGAUAAUUGUUUUUCUUCUAAAUAGGAGAUGGUUUAAUAUCAAUAGAUCUUAUCAUAAUUUUUAGAUCCAUUAAGCUGUUCUGUAAACCCAAAUUGAACUAGAAAUACAUUUUCAUCGCCAGCUGCUGGUUCUCUGAGAUUGUACAGUCACAUAUAGCCACAUCAAAUACAUAAAAAUAUAACCUUAACCAUAAUUAUGAAUGAACAUGUGCUCUCUCUUUUCUGAAAUACAGGAAUACUAACUUUAACUCUUUGCAAGGAAACGUGGGCCAAUUCCUCCCAGGUGAUGUGACAGACUGAUUACAGGAAAUUUAAUUAAGUUAUUGCUGCUAAAGCGGGUGCCAAAAGUUACUGAAUCACUUACUUUUUCACACAGAGAUAUUGAAUGCAGGGUGAUUUUUAAAAAUACAUAAUGAAAUUAAUUUUAGGACUCGGUAAGGACUGGACGAACAUAAAUUAUGUCUAAAUAUGUUAAAGUAUAAAAUCUUAAAGGGAUUUGCUUACUUUUUCACCACACUGUAUAGGAAGGACAGACUUUAAAAUAAUAAUCUUCUGUAGAGGAAGAAUAUGCCUCCAUUUGCAUAAAUGAUGUUCAGCUAAAAUAGUUACUGUAUUGCAAAAUUGGAGGAAGGUUGCACAACAUGCAGGUCUUAAAUAAAGGUUGCAUUUAAGGCUUGUUUUAGGUGGAGCUCUUUUACAAUGACUCAUUAAAACAGGAGAAUAAUAUGAUAGCGAUAUUGUAAAAGAUAAUGGCCUUGGUUUUUCAACGUAGACAGAAAAUGGGAAAUUACCUGUUCUUUCACAUUUAUAGGCAGUUUGAGGUUAAUUUUUAAAUGUUUUUUAUCUUAGUGACUAUCUGUAAAUGGUAAUCAUAGCCAAGUAGUAUACCUUUGUUAAUUUUUGUGAGCUCAUAAAGUUGGUACAUGCAAGAACAUUUUCCUGAAUCAUAAACCUGUGGCCUUGGGAAAACCUUGAGAUUAUAGUUUCUCAAGAAUGGCACUUGAUUUUCUGUACUGCUCACAUUUUAAUUUAAUAUUUUCUGUACUUUUGUCCUUUUUGUAUCAAAAUGUUCUUAUAGGUGUUCUCAGUCCCUUAUUCAUUGUGAUCUAUAGAGAUUGAAAAGCAAAGUCUAACAUACCAAUACCCAUGUUUGCUUUAUACAGUUUAUUCUUUUGAAGACUAAUCUUUGUUUUCCUCUGUCUUUCAUUUUGCAGGAAAAGGAUGAACUUUGAAAGUCAGAUAUGGCUGGAUUGGAACAUUAAAUGGUGUUCUUAGCUUUUUUUUAAUAACUAUUGAGACCCAUGAACACAAUAUUUGGUGAAAGCGCCUUUGGAAGCAAUUAGCCAGUGCAGUUUUGGCUUUGUGCUUAGGCCCAUUUUCCGGCUGAAAGGUGAAUUUUUGUCCCAGUUUUAGUUCUGAAACAGUUUUCUUUCUAAGACUUUGCAUUACUUUACUCCAUCUAUAUAGUAGGGUAUUGACUAGGGCAGGGUUCUUAACCCCCCCCACACACACACAGAUUUAAAAGUCGUCAUAUUGUAUAAAUUGUAACCCUACUCACUACUCACUUUAUAUAGGACCUUUCAUACAAUAUUUGCAACUCAAAGUGCUUUUUACAAAAAAUAAAGUUAGAAAAAACUUUAAGCAACUUAAAAUAAUUAUAGCUUAUUAAAAAAUAGGUUUUGAGCUGCCGUUUAAAAAUAUCCACAGAGCCAGCCUUUCUAAUAUUUUUAGGAAUAUUAUUCCACUGUUUGGGUGUGUAGUAACAAAAGGCUGCCUCUCCAGUCAUCCUAUGCUUAAUUUUUGGAAUAAUCUUUAAAAGUUGUGCGCCUGUUGCACUGGCCUUGAUCGAUUUUACAGUAUGAACAGCUUCAUCCGUUACUUGUUUGAGUUCGGGGGGCAUUUUCUUAGCCAGGAGGGCUUGUCUAUGAUCAUACAAUGCGUCCAAAAAGCAAACAGAGCAAUGGCCUAUAAUUUCGUGACUAACCCACUGUGUUUGCCAGUCAUAGCUCGUGCACCGUCUGAGCAGAUUCCCAUACACUUGUUCCAGUUGAUUUCAUGCUCACAUACAUAUGUGUCCAGCAAAACGAAAAGUUGAUGUCCAGUGGCACGAUCGGGGAGAGGUACACAGAACAAAAAAUCCUCAUUGAUUUCUCCCUCUUUAACAAAUCUGGCGUUAAGGUGCAUUUGUGAAUUGCCGGAGAUCAGUGGUCUUGUUAAGUUUUAAAGAAAAAUACGCACUAGAUUUUAUCUUAGCGAUCACCUACUCUUCCACAUCUCUUGCCAUAGCCCAGUGCAGUUAGACACAGUAUCAUUUGAUACUGGUAUCAAUGCUAGUUGCUCUGCAGUGCUUUUCCCACACAUGAUUGAAACCGUUUCCUUAGCGCACUGUAAGAAAAAAGUCUCACCUAACGUGUGUGCCUUCUCAGUUUUGGCAAUCCAGUUAGCUAUGACGAAAGAUGCCUGAAGUGCCUUCUGGUUCACAGUGGUGGCUUAAUUUUGGCCUCUUAGCUCCUGUAGCUUUCCUUAAAAAAAUGAGUCGUAUUUUCUUCUUUUUUUUCUGUUCGGAGUUUUCUGCUAUGUGUUUCUCCACAUUAUUUUUAGCUCUCACUCUACAAGUGCCACCUAUUACAAAUGUUCCAUUGCUAGACUAAUCACGACUACCUUGUGCGAAGAAAAAAAGUGCUACAAAUAUAAAUGCAGUCAUGGCCCAUCCAAUAGGAAUUAAUGUAGCACCCUCGCCGGACGCACCACAGAGCAGGCUGGGAGUUGUAGCCGGGGAAUGAUCUUUGGGCUCGCAGAGUGACCACUAAGUCACCCUGCUAAUGUAAAUACUGUAGUGUUAACCAUGCAGGUGUAACCACCCUGAAUCUGUGUAUGUGUCCUGUUUACCACCUGUUUUGGUUGAUUCUGUCUCUGUUACCUACUGAGCGACCCCCCUGGGAAUACGGGGUCAUGACCCCCAGGUGAAGAACCCCAGGACUAGGGUAUUGGUAUUGAGUGGUAUAAGACGGGGCAAGGGAGAUGCACUGGAAGGAGUGACAAGAGUGUUCGAAAAAAAGAGUAAAGACAGUUAUGGCUGGGCUCGAAGAAAAUGUGUUCCGGCAGUUGCGAGCUGCACAGGGACAUGACAUGGGACAUGAGAGUGUGACCACGAGAUCAGAGAGGUAGUGUGGUGUUCAUGACAGUAUUGAGUCUCAGUGUGUGACUGAAGCACUGGAGCCUUAGAUGAGUGUUGUGUGUGUGAACCCAGCCUGGUGGUCAGGUGGUAACGUCAGCAGUUGGAAGUGGACUUACAGUAGAAGUUCAAGGAUUCAAGGGAAAUAACCCAUACCCUUUGUGGAGUUUGUGACAGCUGAGGAGCUGGAGUUCCAGAUUUCGAGUGAAGAAGCAGGAGGCUCCAAAUUUCAAGUGAGGGAGUAGGAGAUUCCGUGUGUGUGAGCAGGAUUGUCUUUUGUAUUUGUAUUUUCCAAGACUGUUUCUGACAUUAAAAUUGACUCUUAAAUUACAAUAAAUAAAUAAAUUGACAUAGAUCAGAUUUUAUUGUUUUUUAAGCACAGUAAACAUCACAUUUAAUUUCUUCAUAAAAAUAAUAAUUUUCAUAAAUAUCCUCCUGGGGCAGCACGGUGGCGCAGUGAUUAAUAUUGCUGCCGCACAAUGCUGGAGCUCUGGGUUGAAUUCUAGGCAUGUGUACAUAGUUUGUAUAUUCUUUCCGUGUUCACGUGGGUUUCUUCUGGGUGCUCCAGUUUCCUCCCUGUUACAACUCCAAGUGUCUAGGGGUAAAGGGGUGUAACAUUUAGGAUGGGUUUGGAUGCAGGGGGGUUUCUCGUGAGGGACUUAGGAAGCGUGACAACAGGUUUGGUGCAAAAGGGAUUUGUUUUAAUGUGAAUAAGUGACUGGUACGUAUAAGGACACAAAAACAGACAGGGAAAGGCAACUAGAGCGGUGCCAAAGAAAAGAAAAUAACAAACAAAAAAGAGCUGUCUAAUAAAGUGAGGGAAAGCUGACCUAUCUACCAAAACAAACCCGAAACACUCGGUAUUAGGCAUCUUCUAACGCCCUGGCUAAUCUUUACUAACUACCCAAAACCAUACAAGACAAAAGGCACUCACCCAUCCUAAACUAGUGUUUCUAAUACGCAGACCAACUACAUGUGCAGAAUGUACCCGUAAACCUAAACUAACCCUUUACACAAAAGUUCACACAAAUACACAAGUGAACUACGAAUACAAACAAGGGAAAAUGAGAGUAGACUAGGAAUAGGGUACAAAAGAACACAGAGGUUGAUAUAAUAUGUUUGGGCAAGGUAAUGGCGAAGUAAAGAUAAUACAAACAAACAAAGGUACAUGGAAACUAACACAAACCAACAAAGCCGAAGCUAUACGGAAACACACACGAAGCAGAAUGAACUAAAAUGGAGAGAAACAAAGCCAUAGCAAAACAAAGCUGAGCUGAGCAGAACUGAAGUCAAGCGAAAGGCCCCUUCGUUCUGAAAACCUACAAGUUAAAUACUAAAUAUGCUGAGUUCUGAUAGGUUGAGAAGCUGAUUACGUAUGAUGGCAAAGUGGAUAAAUUAACGGACCAAUGGGGAAGGAGAACAACCAAAAUCAGGAACUGUGGAAGAUGGCAUCAAAACAAAAAAACAUGGACCACACCGGGACAUACUGUAACACUCCCACACUCCAAAGACAUACUGGUGGGUU